AGCACUGGAACACAGGACACUGUAUUAAAUGUUAAGCUCUGCCUGUUCUAAAAGUGAAAGACGACAUCAACAGAUAGACUGGUCUGUGGGUAAGACACACGGCUGGGAAGAGCUCAGUCUGACUCGGCAGCUUCCCGACAGCAGGAGUAGCAGCCGAUCUUUCCGCCUCAGCAAUGGCAGAAGCUGUCAUAAGACACUGGGUGGAAACUCCGGUACGCUACCAGGAGCAGUUUGUUGACCAAGAGCUGGAAGCACAUAAACUGAACCACCUUUUAUAUGCUUUGCCGGGCCCCACCACCACUGCACCGAGCAACCAAAGGAGCGCCACAGAAAGCAUGGCUGGGACCGGAACGAGUGGCCAGGAGGAGGAAAACACACACUUUCGGGUCUUGCUGGACGUUGUGCAGUUCCGCCCCGAAGACGUCAUUAUCCAGACUUUCGAAGGCUGGCUCCUGAUUAAAGCUCAGCAUGGACCCAGGAUGGAUGAACAUGGUUUCAUAUCCAGAAGCUUCACCAGACAAUACAAAUUACCUGAUGGAGUGGAGAACAAAGACUUGUCUGCGCUUUUCUGCCACGAUGGCAUUUUGGUUGUUGAAAUGAAGAACUCAGUGGAAAAGAAUUAGAACCAUGUCUAUAGUUAUCGGUGAGAUAAAAUCGUUCUUAAUGUAACAAAAUAAUAUCAGUCAUGCAAUGCUGUUGGGUGUAGUAAACAUGUAGCUGUAUUUAUUAAAGGAAAUUCUUUGUAUAUAUUUUUCUGUAUGCUGACUUUACUGUUGGAUGUGAAAUGUUAUACUGCUUGCCUCCAGCUACAUACUUUUGAACAGUAGCAAACUUGGGCUAAUCUCAGCAGGAGAAAAAAAAAAUCUAUUUGAUAACAUAUUGAAAAUAGAGCACAGUUUUGAAUUAAGUAGCAGGAACUGUAUUUCUAUGGAAUAAGCAUUUGUCAUACAUAGUCAUAAGAAUUGAAGGAAUGGAAAAGAUGUGAAUACUAUGGAAAUUUAUGUACCAAAAAAUCUAUUUUCUAACUUUUGAGAUUAAAUUCUUCUCUCUGGGAAAGCACAUGAAGUGAAAGAUACCAUCAAGAGAAAAAUCCCUAAUUCCACAGUUCGAGGUUUCAUACCAAAACCUCUCAAGAGAUUACUUUCUAGAGUGUGUUGCAUGUUUCAAACUAUAAGAAAAAAGAAUUUAUUUGCUUGACUUUAUUUGCUUGGAAACACAAGGAAGAGAAAUUAUACUUUCUGACAAAGUAAUUUGAAAGAAAAACUUUAAAGACAUUUUAGAAAACUGGUUUUGUUUAACAUAACAACUGAAGAAAAA